AUGGCAUCGCCUUCUGCCUGGUCGGAAUCCCGCCGCCCAGCCCCGCGCCGACGCCGGGCCGGGGAGAUGGGGCCUCGCCGAACGACCACGCGCCCCCCGAGGAGCCCUUCGCCUGGGCGGGCCCGAAAACGGUGGCGCUGCGGAAGAGCUCGCAGGGGGGCUUCGGCUUCACCCUCCGCCACUUCAUCGUCUACCCGCCCGAGUCGGCGGUGCACUCCUCCGGCAAGGAGGAGGAGAACGGCAACCGAGCGGGUCCCCCCCGGGGCCGCCUGGAGCCCAUGGACACCAUCUUCGUGAAGAACGUGCGGGAAGCCGGGCCGGCGCACCAGGCCGGGCUGCGCACAGGAGACCGGCUGGUCAGGGUGAACGGGGAGAGCGUCGUGGGGAAAACCUACUCGCAGGUCAUCGCCCUCAUCCAGAACAGUGACGACGUGCUGGAGCUCUCCAUCAUGCCCAAGGACGAGGACGUCCUCCAGCUGGCCUAUUCGCAGGACGCCUACCUGCAGGGCGGCGAGCCGUACUCCGGCGGCGCCCAGAGCAUCCCCGAGCCGCCUCCCGUGUGCUACCCGCGCAAGACGUACCCCUUCCAGGCGCGGGAGACCGCGGCCGCCGAGCCCCCCCGGGGCCAGCCGGCGGACGCCCCGACCUGCCGGCCGCCCUCCUCGGACCCCUCGUCGCCGCCGCGCGCCGCCGGCGCCCGCAGCGAGGCCGCCCGGGAGCCGGCCGGCGGCCGCAGCCCCGCGCCCCGCGCCGCCGCCGAGCUGCCGCCCGGAGCCGUGCCCCGCGGCCGGCUCGCCUCCGGCCCCCGCGCCUGCCCCGGCUCCUCGGCGUCCUCCCCGCCCGACCGCUACGGCAUCCCGGCCCCGGAGCACCGGACUCGCUGCGGCGCGCCGGAGGGCGGCCGCCCGGCGCCCAGCCGGCAGGAGUGCCAGCAGGCUCUGUGCCGCUGGUUUUGCAGCCGGGAAGCGCGGCGGAGCGCCUCGGAGGAGCGCCGGCACGCCAUGCCGCCCCGCUCCCGCAGCGUCUCCCACGACCGCCUGGGCGGCCCGGCGCCGGCACCCCGGGGCUGGCCCCACAGCGCCUCGCACGACACCCUGCUGCCGCUCCCCGGGCAAGGCUGGGCGCACCGGGCCCGCUCCGACGACCACCUGGGCGCCCGCGGGCGCUCCGCCGAGGCGCCGGAGCCCGGCACCCCCCGCUCUGCCUGGCCGCCGGAGAAGCUCUGCCGUGCCGUGCCGGCGGCCGGAGGACGUGCCGGCCAGCAAAGCUACGCGCCCUCCUCCUCCUCCUCUUCCUCGUCCCGCGAGCCGCCCGCCGCCGUGCAGAAACACCCCUCGCAGCCCAACCUGCGGAGCGCGGACGACGCCGGCUACAUCGGCUACCGGAGCUACAGCCCCUCGUUCCAGCGGCGCACGGGGCUGCUGCACGCGCUCUCCUUCAGGGACCCCCACUUCGGCGGCCUCCCCACCUUCAGCAUCCCGCAGCGGCCGGGGCCCAGCGCCGCGCCGGGCCCGGCCGGGGGGGCCCCCGCGCGCCCCGGCCCCCCGCCCGCCCAGGCCGCCGCGGAGCGGGCGAAGGCGGAGAGCGGCGCCCGGGCGCCGGAGCCGCCGGCCGAGCCGCGCCGCGCCGACGUGGUGCUCCGGCAGAAGCCGCCCACGGGGCGCAAGGUGCCGCCUCCGCUGCGGCAGAUGAACUUUGUCUUCCCCGAUGACGCCAAGGAGACGGACAUUUGCGACCCACCGGCCGGCGGCGAAGGGCAGAGGCCGGCGGCCGAGCGGCCCGGCCGGCGCGUGGCCCCCUUGGCAGCCCCGGAGGACUCCCUGGCCUCCAUCCCCUUCAUCGACGAACCCACCAGCCCCAGCAUCGACCUGAAGGCCAAGCACGUGCCCGCCUCCUCGGUGGUCUCCAGCGCCAUGAGCUCGGCGCCCGCCGUCACCGCCAGCCCUUCCUCGCCCACCUUCGCCUUCGCCCUGAGCCGGCACUACUCCCAGGACUGCAGCAGCAUCAAGGCCAGCCGCCGCUCUUCCUACCUCCUGGCCAUCACGACCGAGCGCUCCAAGUCAUGCGACGAUGGGCUGAACACGUUUCGGGACGAGGGGAAGAUCCUAAGGAGGAUGCCGAGCCGUGUCCCCAGCCUCCGGAUGCUGAGGAGCUUCUUCACCGAUGGGUCUCUGGACAGCCUCGGUACGUCCGAAGACACCCGAUCCAAAAGGCACUCAACGUCCGACCUGUCGGACGUCACGUUCAGCGACGUGCGCAGGGAGGGCUGGCUCCACUACAAGCAGAUCCUCACCAAAAAGGGGAAGAAAGUUGGCGGAGGCAUCCGGCAGUGGAAGCGCGUCUUCGCCGUUCUGCGCACCCACUCGCUUUACCUGUGCAAGGACAGGCGGGAGGCGGUGACCUGCGCCCCACCACCCCCAGGUGAGGAGGAGCAGCCGAUCAGCAUCCGAGCGUGCCUGGUGGACAUUUCCUACAGCGAGACCAAGAGGAAGCACGUCUUCCGGCUGACGACCGCUGACUUCUGUGAAUAUCUCUUUCAGGCAGAGGAUCGGGAAGACAUGCUGGCCUGGAUCAAAGUCAUCAGGGAGCACAGCAAGGCCGAGGGCGAGGACCCCGGCUUUGCCAGCCAGGCGCUUAUCAACAAGAAGUUAAACGACUACCGGAAAGUGAGCCCGUCCGGCGCGAAGGCCGACGCGUCGCCCAAGGGCUCUCGCGGGCUGGGGAUCAGAGCCGAGUUCCUGAAGCCGACGGGAACCAGCGCGCCCCGGUCCCCGCGGCAGGACGCAGGCGUCGCCAAAGAUGAGAGCAGCUCCCAAAAAGCCCCUUGGGGCAUCAACAUCAUGAAGAAGAACAAGAAAUCUGCCCCGCGCGCCUUCGGCGUGCGGCUGGAGGACUGCCAGCCCGCCGCGGACAACAAGAACGUCCCCCUCAUCGUCGAAGCCUGCUGCAAGGUGGUGGAGGACAGAGGCCUGGAGUACAUGGGCAUCUACCGGGUGCCCGGGAACAACGCCGUGGUGUCCAGCCUCCAGGAGCAGCUCAACAAGGGCUCCGCCGAGAUCAACCUGCAGGACGAGCGGUGGCAGGAUCUCAACGUCAUUAGCAGCCUGCUGAAAUCCUUCUUCCGAAAGCUCCCCGAGCCGCUCUUCACCGACGAUAAGUACAACGACUUCAUCGAGGCCAACCGGAUCGAGGACGCCAGCGAGAGGAUGAGGACCUUGCGGAAACUGAUCCGGGACCUGCCAGGUCACUACUACGAGACGCUCAAGUUCCUGGUGGGCCACCUGAAGACCAUCGCGGACCACUCGGAGAAGAACAAGAUGGAGCCCCGAAACCUGGCGCUGGUGUUCGGCCCCACGCUGGUGCGGACCUCCGAGGACAACAUGACCGACAUGGUGACGCACAUGCCCGACCGCUACAAGAUCGUGGAGACCCUCAUCCAGCACUCGGACUGGUUCUUCAGCGACAAGGAGGACAAGGGCGAGAAGACCCCCGUAGAGGAGAAGGAGGCUCAGUCCGUGCCCAACAUCGAGUACCUGCUGCCCAACAUCGGCAGGACCGCGGCGCCCGGCGAUGCCUCAGACUUGACCCUCGGCGUCUCCGCUAAGCCGAAGGGCGCGCGGCCGCCGCGGAGGGAGCCGCGCCGGCGGGAGCUGCUCGCCAUCCCCUUCAUCUCGGCGGCCAACCGCAAGAGGAAGAAGCGGCGGGAGGCCGAGUGCUUCGGGAGCAGCACGGACGACGACUCGGAGCACAGGGACGCCGGGAGCCGGGAGCAGGAGGGCGAGCGGAGCCCGGCCGCCGGCGCCUGGCCCGCGGCACCCGGCCCCGAGCGCCAGAGCUGCCCGGAGGCCGGGAGCGCCGGGGCCGAGCCGGCGCCGGACGCCCGCUCCAUCGUGUCGGGCUACUCCACGCUGUCCACCCUGGACCGCAGCCUGUGCUCGGAGGCGCGGUCGGUGGCCGAGAGCCGGGGCGAGGAGGCGGACGACGAGCGCAGCGAGUUCAGCCACGUGGAGACGGACACGGAGAGCCCGCGGGCGGCGGGCGCCGCGGAGCCGCCGGAGCCGCCGCCGGGGCGUCCCUCCUUCAGCUCCCGCCGCCUGGUGCAGUGCGACACGCUGGCCCGCAGGAAGCCGGCGCGGCCCCGGCCCCAGGCCGAGCCGCGGCCCCUGCUGCGGGAGCAGCUGCGCCUGCGGCUCCGCGCCGCGGCCGACGACGCCGGCGUCCGCCUGCGCCGGGCCCCCUCGCCCGAGACCCGCCGCAAGAAGAGCGGCUGGCGCCGGCACACCGUGCUCGUGCCCGGCGGCCUCAAGGACCUCAACUUGAACGAGUGGAAGGAGCAGUGGGGCCGGGGCCCGGCGGCGCCGCCGGCACAGCGCCGGGCCGACCAGGACUCGGGGCUCAGCAGCCUGGAGUCCACCAAAGCCCGGCCCGCGGCCGAGCCGCCGGGCGCCCGCAGCCCCCCGGGCAGCCCCGGCGCUUCCCGGCGCUUGCAGCAGCCUCUGUGACCGCCGCGGGCUCCUGGCGGCGGGGACGGCCGGGCAGCGGUUAAUUUAAGGACUCGUUUGCUCUUGUAUUUAAUUGUGCUCCAGACAAGCUGCUUCUAUUUAACGGUUCCCCUCGCGCCGAGUCUCCGCGGCCCCCGGCGCGGCGCGGCGCGGCCCCGGCGCUCUCCGAGCUGGCGGGGACGGCUCGGGCGGAGGGGCAAAGCCACCACGUCCCGCUCGCCGUGGGGGACACGCGGGGUCCCCCGAGGGGCCCGAGCCCCCUGCCCCGGGGCCACGCGCAGCAGCCCCAUCCCCGGCGCCGCGUCCCGGGAAGCGCCGGGAUCCCGCGGCUCUGCCAGGCUGCCGAGGGGUCCGCGGCCGAGCCGGCUGGGCGCCUUGCAGCCGGCGGCUGCCCCAGGCCCCCCCCCCGCCCCGGGCACCGUCCCCGGCGCUGGGCGGCGCGGAGCGCGGGCGCUUCCCGGGCACCGCCGUGCCCUUGCGCUCGCCCCCGGCUCCGGCAGCACCAGCUCCCCCCCCCCCCGGCCCCUUCCAGCUAGAAAUGUCUCCGCUCGCGUUUCUAACACCCGGCCCGGCUCCUGGGGCUCUUCCUCCCCCCUCCCCUCCCCUUCUCACCCGUGUUUGGCAACGUCGACCCUAAAGGCGGCGCGGGGAGGCUGGCGGCAGCCCCCAGCGCCGGGCACCGCGCGGGGCCCCCGCCGCGGCCGCCCCCCCAGCGGGGUCCCGAGGGGUCGCAAGUACAAGUCACUGUUACUCAGUUACGCGUUGGUCUCAUGUUAUGCAAAUAUUUGCUGUAAAGUUCCCCCCUCCCCGCCCUUCUUCUUCUUUUCUUUUUUUUUUUUUUUGUAAAUAUUGUCUCUAAAUGUGUAACAUACUACAAAGGAUUUAUAUGGAUUUUUUAAGAAGUUUUGCUCAGCCGAAAGACCAGCCGCGACCACACGAAGUGCUGGACCAGUGUUGACUUUUUAAACCCUUCUGCAUGUGUAUUUCCCCCUUGAUGUGUUGUAAGAGUCGGACGUGUAUCCGGUAUAUGCAAAACUGCCAAAAAAAAACGAAAAAAAAUUCCCCCCCCCCCAACAAAAAUGCCCUGCUUUGGAAACUGUCCUCCCACAAGUCCUGGUCUAUAUAUUGGAAAUAAAGUGGUUAUCUGAGGAGAA